AUGUUGUGGAUUUUAUUUGCAAUUUGCUGCCUGUACACCACAAUGAAAGUCCAAGGAAUUCCUCAUGAUGGAAAAAAUAAGCCAAGAGCUUUAAGGAAUACUAAAGAACUGAUCAACUAUUAUGGAUACCCCUGUGAGGAGUAUGAUGUUGUAACACAAGAUGGCUAUAUCCUUAGUAUCUUCCGAAUUCCACAUGGGAGAAAAGAGAAUGCAAGCACAAGUUCGAAGCCUGUAGUGCUUCUGCAACACGGAUUGCUUCUGGAAGCUUUUGUUUGGGUCUCCAGUGGUCCUUAUAACAGCCUUGGCUUUGUCCUAGCAGAUAAUGGCUGUGAUGUUUGGCUAGGAAACAGCAGGGGGAGCCGGUGGUCUAGAAAACAUGUCUCUCUCUCAAUAGAAGAUGAGAAUUUCUGGGCAUUCAGCUUUGAUCACAUGGCUCAAUAUGAUCUUCCAGCAACGAUAGAUUUUAUCCUGCAGAAAACUGGACAGCAGCAGCUCUUUUAUGUUGGCCACUCACAAGGAAGCACUACAGGUUUUAUAGCGUUUUCCACUAUGCCUCAUUUGGCUAGAAAAAUCAAGAUAAACUUUGCUUUAGCUCCUGUAGUUUCAGUGAAAUACGCCAUCCCGUCAUUAAGGAAGUUUGUUAUGCUUCCUGAUUUCAUUUACAAGAUCAUGUUUGGCACUAAGGAAUUUAAGUGGCGAAGAAGGACAUCUCAUGACAAGUCUGGAUUUUGUAGUUUUUUCGAAUUUUCAAUUAUUUGCCAAAACGUCAUACAAAACUUGUCUGGAUCAGAGCAAAAGACCCUAAAUGUGAGUCAAGUAGAUGAAAAUGAAGUUCAUCUUUUAGGUGGAACAUCUGUACAAAACCUGAUACACUGGUUUCAGGUGCUGAAGAGCGGCAAACUCCAAGCCUAUGAUUAUGGAAGGUUGGAAAACUUAGAACGCUAUGAGGAGACACAUCCUCCGGAAUACAAUGUAACGGACAUGAAUGUAUUAACUGCGGUUUGGAGUGCUGGAUAUGAUGCGCUUGCUGACCCUGAGGAUAUUGCCCUCUUACUCACUCAAAUCGCAAACCUCACAUACCACAAGUUUAUUCCUGAAUGGGAUCAUGAGUCUUUCAUCUAUGAUUUGGAUGCAUAUGUUCAACUGCAUAGUGAAAUCCUUAAUAUGAUCAAGGAGUCUUAUUGA